UGCCCCCAUCCUGCCCGCUGCUGGAGCCCAGUGUGGAGCUGCUCUGGGAGCCUAGGGCUUGAGCACUGCCUGUCCUCCUGGGGAUCUGCAUUUACAUCCAGAACACAGGAGGCUGAAGGCACCAGGCCGGAGAGGCCGUGUUCUCAAGAGCAAGAGCAUCUUGUGCACGUCUUCUUGCAGUGCUUGCUGCUGCACUAACAGUGUGCUGGAGAGGGCCCCCAAGGCUCGGUACAGCCCCAGUGCCAAAUGAGGAUGAUGCAUCUCUUCAUGGUGUGUCUCUUCGGCCUCUGGGGCAUGGCUGCCCCUGUACGCUAUGCCGUGGAAGACAUUUGCACUGCGAAGCCCCGCGACAUCCCAGUGAACCCCAUCUGCAUCUACCGCAACCCUGAGAAGAAGCCCCAGGAAAGCGAGGUGCUGGAGCCGGAGAAGAAGGGCAGGAUCCCGGAGUUCACCAACCCCCGUGUCUGGGAGCUGUCCAGAGCCAACUCGCGCUUCGCCGUCGUCUUCUACAAGCACCUGGCCGACUCCAAGGACAACGAGGAGAACAUCUUCCUGUCUCCCCUCAGCAUUUCCACAGCCUUCGCCAUGACCAAGCUCGGGGCGUGUGGUGACACCCUGCAGCAGCUCAUGGAGGUCUUCCAGUUUGACACUAUUUCAGAGAAGACGUCUGACCAGGUCCACUUCUUCUUUGCCAAGCUCAACUGCCGUCUUUACAAGAAAGCCAACAAGUCAUCAGAGCUAGUAUCAGCAAACCGUCUCUUUGGAGAGAAAUCCUUGGUCUUCAAUGAGACUUACCAGAACAUUAGUGAAAUAGUUUACGGAGCCAAACUCUGGCCGUUGAACUUCAAAGAGAAGCCAGAGCUUUCCAGGCAGAUCAUAAACGAGUGGGUAGCCAAUAAGACGGAGAGGCGCAUUACAGAAGUGAUCCCAGAAAAAGGUAUCGAUGAGCUCACUGUCUUGGUCCUGGUCAACACCAUCUAUUUUAAGGGGCACUGGAAGUCACAGUUCCCAGCUCCAAACACGAGACUGGAUUUAUUUCACAAAGCCAACGGUGAGACCUGCAAAGUCCCCAUCAUGUACCAGGAGUCCAGGUUCCGCCAUGCGUUCAUCCAGGAGGACAAAGUCCAGGUGCUGGAGCUGCCUUACAAAGGGGACGACAUCACCAUGGUGCUGGUUUUGCCCAAAGCUGGCACGCCGCUGGUGGAGGUGGAGCGAGACCUGACGUCGGACAAGCUGCAGGACUGGAUCAACUCUAUGAGGGAGGUCUCCCUUACUGUGUCCCUGCCACGCUUCCGCAUCGAGGACAGCUUCAGCGUCAAGGAGAAACUGAGAAAAAUGGGGCUGGAAGAUCUCUUCAGUCCAGAAAACGCCAAGCUGCCAGGUAUAGUUGCAGAGGGCCGUACAGACCUGUAUGUAUCUGAGGCUUUCCACAAAGCCUUCAUUGAGGUGAAUGAAGAAGGCAGUGAGGCGUCAGCAGCGACAUCUGUUCUUAUCUCUGGCCGUUCCUUCCCCAUGAACAGAAUUAUCUUUGAGGCCAACAGGCCCUUCUUGCUCUUCAUCCGGGAAGCCGCCCUCAACACCAUUAUAUUCAUGGGCAGAAUAUCUGAUCCUUGCUCCUAAAGGCUGCCCGAGCCUCACCUCUCCCCUCCCUGCCCCUGGGAAAGGGAUGGUAGGGCACUGCCAUGCAACCCAGGUUGUGCUGGGGUGGCUGUAUUACUGUUUGGUGCCAGCUGCAGGGAGGGGCCGUCCUUCUUCCGCUCCAACCCUCGUUCAAAGGAAGCUGAUUUUUUUUUUUUUUUUUUAAAUAAUGGCACUGGUAUUUUCAUGGCAGCCAUUCCAGUAUCACUGGCAUUCUUGCAUCCGACCCCUCCUCCCUCUCAGGCAUCAAACUGUAACUGAUCCUCCAGUACGUUAAGGCCUGUAGAUCUGUAUGGAAUAAACUCAUCUCUGAACGGA